AAAAUUCGAAUAGUGUGUAUUAAAUAGCUUCUUAUUUUUUCUCUCUCUUUUUAGCGGGGAAACGAAUCAUGCAUUGUGAAAACAUCGAUUACUUUCCGAAGGAGGAGUAUAGUCCAGAUCCUAAUGAUUCAACUAUGGCAAUACCAUAUGCUGUGAAACGCGCUUCAGUAUUCAUCUUCUCGAGCUGCCUCACCCUUCUUUUUGGGUACUUUUUGUGUGUUCUGGGUACUCUCUGCCGCAGAAGACCAGUCAUCUCAUUUGCUUCAGGGGUUGCCUUCAUUCUCUCAGGACUACUCAUUCUCACAGGUAUGGUGAUAUACAUUUCAACCUUCAAGUCUGAAGUUGGAAACAAGUUGCGACCCAAGUCGUCCUUCCAGGGUCCCAUGUUCCGAUACCACUACGGUUACAGUUUCAUCUUAGCUGUGUGUGGACUCAUGAUGUGCGAGUUAGCGGGAACAUUCACCGUCUUUCUCUUCAUCAAGUGGCACAAAGUGGACAUGCUCAAAAAGCAACGGCACCACCACCACCACUUGCGCCACCACUCACUGCCGCACCACCAACACCACAAAUACUCGGACCUAGACGACCACCUGCCCUGUAGGAGGCACCGUGGUCGGAGGUGUUCUAAAACAUCGGACACAAAUCCUACAGACAGAGGUGGAGGUGGAAGGAGGCAGUCUCACCCUAUCCCUUUAUCUGAAUCCAUGAGGGACUUAGCCUUCUACAACUUCCCUCCUGUGUCCAGGGACACUACCUGCAACACGGUGUCCACUUCGGCGGACAUCAACAGAGAGUAUUCUUCGAGGGAGUUUUCCUUUGAGAUUCUCAGGCGGACAACCCCUGUUUGAGGAUGGGCCUUUUUUAAAAUUUAAGAAAGGAUUAUAUAUAUAUACUCUUAGAUAACAAAAAAAUGAACAAAUUUUAUUAGUGGAUUAUUUCCUAAGAAACUUCGACCUCCUGAUGAAAGGAAUCCACUUUGUUAAAACAAAACGACAUUUUUUAUACCUCGUUAACUAAUUAUAGAUAGUUAAUAAAUCGCAAUGGUAUAGGUGAAAAAAGAGUUCUGAGAGCU